AUGCGUGCAAGAUUGUUGUCCACCUCAGCUAUAAAGCUGUUGAAGGCACCAAAACUGGACGUCAAGAACAUUACCAGUCAGCUGCCUUCAUAUCUUCAAUCCAUCAAAUCCAGAGGUCUCGUGGCCGCACAGGAACUCAUCGACCAACUUCAAGCUCUGCCCGAGCACCAGACGCAUUUAAGGGCCAUUGACGGUCAGAUAUCCAAAAUACAAACACGCCGUAAUGCAAUUGAACGAGAAAUCAAACUUGACAAAUCGCGAAUGCCCGCAUUAAGGGACGAACUUGUUGAUCUCAAAUCCCAGUUCCAAUCAGCUUCUCAGGACCACAAAAAGAUACAACAGCAAGUGCAGGAUACUUGUCUUUCACUUCCUAAUCUUAUCCAUGCCAGCGUCCCUGCCACGGAACCGGAAAUUGUAGAGUGGAUCCAUCCGCGUGAGACAUAUGUCGCCGAAUCAAAAAGAGAUCACCACACCAUAAUGGUUCGUAAAAAAAUGGUAGAUUUCCAAUCUGCAUCCACUGUUACAGGAAAUUCAUGGUACUAUCUAAUUAACGAGGGAGCAGAAUUGGAGUUGGCACUUGUGUCUUAUGCGACAAACAAGGCUAAAGAGCAUGGGUUCUUACUGUGCAUCCCGCCUAGCAUUGCAAAGAAUGAGAUAAUUGAUGCGUGUGGCUUUCGUCCUCGUGACAUGAACAACGAGCAACAGAUAUACCAUCUUCAAGACACAGACCUGGGUCUCACUGCCACUGCUGAAAUCUCUUUGGCUGGUCUGGGCAUCCAGAAGGAAUUGGACCUCAGCAAAGGUCCCAAAAAAAUGUGUGGGAUAAGUCGCAGUUACAGAGCAGAGGCAGGCGCCCGUGGUAAGGACACUAGAGGUCUUUACAGAGUGCAUGAGUUCACGAAAGUGGAAUUAUUCUGCUGGAGUGUGCCAGAGGAGAGCGACAGAAUUUUAGAGGAAUUGAGGGGGCUCCAAGUUGAAAUUAUUAACGAGCUUGGACUAUCUGCGAAAGUCUUGAAUAUGCCGGCAAACGAUUUGGGAGCCCCCGCUUAUAAAAAAUACGAUAUUGAGGCAUGGAUGCCUGGUAGAGGAUCCUUCGGAGAAGUUACCAGCUCCUCGAAUUGUACCGAUUAUCAAAGCAGACGUAUGAAUACUAAGUUCAAAAAUAUCUCCACCGGGAAAUCAGAAUACGUUCAUACUCUAAACGGAACAGCCAUGGCGAUACCGCGCAUCAUUUUGGCGCUUGUUGAGAAUUUUCACGACGCCAAUACUGAUCAGAUCGCCAUUCCAAAAGCUCUACAACCUUAUAUGGGCGGUCGCAAAUUCAUUUAA